AUGGGCCGAGAUCAACAGGAAGCGUUCUCGUACAGGAGCCUGGACUCAUCUCAUUUGGACUGCAGGAGGAGGCACAAUGACGGAAGGCACCGCAAACUUAGCGGCUUGAUUCAGUCUGACCUCAGAAGAACGGUGAGGAAGAUUGUGAAUUUGGAUGAUCACAUUGCAUUGGCCUGUGCUGGGCUCAAAGCUGAUGCUCGUGCCUUGAUAAACAAGAAGUAUACACAAAGUGGUGGUGUUAGACCGUUUGGGCUUUCAACUUUGAUUAUUGGCUUUGACCCAUACACAGGUGCACCGGCACUAUAUCAGACAGAUCCUUUUGGGACAUUUUCAGCCUGGAAAGCAAAUGCCACUGGAAGAAACUCUAACUCAUUACGUGAGUUUCUUGAGAAAAACUACAAGGAGACAGCUGGGCAAGAAACCGUCAAGCUCGCCAUUCGUGCUUUGCUUGAGAGUAAGCUAAUCUCAACAGUACGGCUGUCUUCACCUUUCUGUGUCCUCACUGUAAGGUUGUCCCAAAGCUUCACUGCAGUUAUUUGCUAUUUGUUAAAGCUCUUCUUCCAUGGUGGGUUGUAUAUGUUUGUGGGAAAAUUUAUUGGUUUAUCUUCAUAG